AUGCGCGACGAUUCGAGACUGAUAAUUAUCAGUCUCAUCGUUGCUGGAGUUAAACGACCACUUCGAGCGUUGUUGGAUUCGGGUGCAUCCAACAACUUCUUUCGAGCAUCAUGUUUGUCCCUUCUCCCGUCGACAGUUACGGUUCGAGAAGGUCCAGGUGACAUCGUUGUCAAACUUGCUGAUGGACAACCACAGCGUGUCCCGCGUAAAACAGUGGUUUUGCCGUACACGUUCGACGGCUUCCAAAGUAAUGACGAAUUUUUGGUGUACGAGAUGAAUUAUGCAUUCGAUUGCAUCUUGGGGAUACCGUGGCUGUCACGGUAUCAGCCGACGAUAGACUGGCUAUCUCGGUCCGUCAAACGACGAAGCGGUUACGACAAGUCAUCUCAGAAAAAACGAUGGCCCUCUGUGUCCGGUAUAUCCAGUCGCAUAGAACCACAAGACGAGGCGGUCGUACAGAGUCUCCCGCAUACACAGACAUCGGUCGAGCAGGGGCUCCCGAUUCACAACGAGACGGUCGAACAGAGGUUCCCGCACACACAGACAUCGGUCGAGCAGGGGCUCCCGAUUCACAACGAGGCGGUCGAACAGGGGUUCCCGCACACACGGACAUCGGUCGAGCAGGGGCUCCCGAUUCACAACGAGGCGGUCGAACAGGGGUUCCCGCACACACGGACUUCGGUCGAGCAGGGUUUCCCGAGUUCUAGCGAGGCGGUCGAGCAGGGGCUCCCGCAUACACACACAACGGCCGAGCAGGGGUUCCCGAUUGUAACCGAGGUGGUCGAGCAGAGGCUCCCACAUACAUCUGAGGCGGUCGACGACGAGCUCCCGCCUCUUAUCGACGAGAAUGAACGGGCUGUGGACUUAAAUGUGAACGACGUGGUGGAGACAGAGCUCCCACGUCUAGCGGGGGGUACUUCAUCCUCCAGCGACAGCGACGUUCCAGCCUCGAGCAGUGGCUCAAGACGCAAGAGAAAGCGUAAACGCAAGAAAGGGUCUUCACAUCGUGGCCGCUACGUUGAGGUAGCGAGCCCUCCGUGCACUGUUGCAGAGAUCACAUCUCUAUUAUCCCUACCAUGGAAAGAUUUUCUUCACGACCUCAAGGCCGGCGACAUCGAGCAAGUGUGCAUCAUAUCAGCCGCCGAAGCAGCUAGUGGAGAAGUUCUGGAGGCUCGCCCAAAGAGCGCUGAGCCCAAAUCAGCGCGCGAAGAACGUUUCGUGGCACAGUCUUGGGAAGCCCUUCGUGCUUCGGGCAACCCUGUCUAUGAUAUCGCGCGUGAGUAUGCCGACAUCUUUCCGGAGAAUAUCCCCGCUGAGCUUCCAGCGGAUCGUGGUGUGCGACACGAGAUCGAUCUCGUGCCAGGAUCGAAGUAUUGCGUGACGCGGCAGUGGCCGCUACCGCGUGACCAAGUCAUCGCAAUUGAUGAAUUUUUUGAGGGCCGCCGUAAGGCAGGACACGUCCGCGAAAGCAUAUCGCCACAUUCGAGUCCGACUUUCUGUGUGAAGAAAGCCACCGGCGGUUGGCGCAUCGUGCAUGCUUUUAACAAGUUGAAUGACGCCACGAUCCCGGCUCAAACACCAAUUCCUCGGAAAGACAUGGUACUGGAUACCAUGUCCGGCAGCGAGAUUUUUAGCGCCAUAGACCUGACAGACGGGUUUUACCACAUUUUAAUGAGGGACAGUGAUAUCCCGUUCACCGCUGUCAGCACACCGAGUGGGAUGCUUUGGGAGUGGCUAGUCAUGCCACAAGGCCUUAAGAACGCUCCAGCAACGUUCAACCGGAUGGUGACACAAGUGCUUCGGCCACUACGUGAUUCGCUCCAAGUUAUUUCGACGAUAUUUUUGUUCACAGCCGCGCUGAGCAACAACUCAGCGCUACGGAGGUCCACCUUCGGCAUUUGA